AUGUCGCUUUCCUCUAAGAGGUUCCUCAAGGAGAAGACUUUCUCUGGAAUACAUCGGGUUCUCAACGACAUAGGCGGAACCUCGUCCAACUCAGCGGGUGGUCACGACAUUUACGAUGAAUUUCGUGACGCUUUCUCCCCUCCGGCGACUACCAGGAAAAAGAAGCUCCUCCAAGUACACAGGUACACUCUAGGAUCUUCCGGCUGGGGCACUGCCUUGUGUGACAUUUCUCCUCCUGUUCCUCGGGGAGGAGUUGCAACGAGAUCUUCAUUGGUCUAUCGCGGUCUGGAUCCCGAGAUUAUCGUUCGCCAUGCAUUACUGCUAGACGCCAAGGUUGGUACUUCCAUCGUUCAUUCAUUGUGGCAGAAGUUUGUUUAG